UGUGCUGACACCUGUGACAGCUCCGUUACGGACACUUGUAAGCUGAAACACCGGCAUGGCGCUUCGUGCGCUGCGCCGCGCAGCGGGACAACUUGGAAGUAGCUUGGUCCAGGCGCAACGGGCCGCCGGUGUCGUUACCGCUGUCGAGCUGGGGCCAUGUUGCGCAGAGGUCCUGGCGCGUCAAUCAAGCAGCCAAACCAGUAGUAACAAUGUCCGGGAGGAAUUAUCUUCGUUCAACGCAGCGGCACGGUUCCGUGGAAUCAGUACCCAACUUCGCGGGCUUCGGACCUCGGCAUUCGGGCUUGAAGCUUUUGAAGUGAAAGUUCCGCCCAUGGGGGAAUCAAUUACGGAAGGUACCAUUGCGACGUUGUUGAAGAAACCAGGGGACGCUGUCAAGGAGGACGAUAUCAUUGCUCAGAUUGAAACCGACAAGGUCACCAUUGACGUGAAAUAUACGGGCAAGGCCCCUGGCGUGGUCAGCCAGGUGCUCAUUAAUCCUUCCGACCUGGUCAAGGUCGGUCAGCAGGUCGCGGUCGUGGAGACGGGGGCAGCGCCGGCGGCCGCACCAGCGGCAGCGGCGGCUCCACCGCCGCCGCCCAAGCCCGCUGCAGAGGCUCCGAAGCCCCCACCCGCGCCAGCGGCCCCAAAACAGGGUCCUGUGCAGCCCGCGUUCAGCUCGGUGGCCGCACCCAUGCCCACGUCACGUCCUGAGAGGCGUGUUAAGAUGACCCGGUUGCGUAUGCGUGUUGCUGAGCGGCUCAAGGGCGCUCAGAACACGUACGCCAUGUUGUCCACCUUCAACGAAAUCGACAUGAGCGGCACCAUCGAGCUGAGGAACACGUACAAGGACGCGUUUGUCGAAAAGCACAACGUCAAGUUGGGGUUCAUGUCGGUGUUCGUGAAGGCCGCGGCGUAUGCCCUGCAGGAAGUUCCCGCUGUGAAUGCAGUCAUCGAGGGCGAUGAGAUCGUGUUUCGGGACUAUUACGAUAUCUCCAUCGCUGUUGCGACACCCAAGGGCUUGGUGGUUCCGGUUCUCCGUGCCGCCGACGAGCUCAGCUUCGCAGACGUUGAGAAGACCAUCAACCUGUUGGGCAAAAAGGCCCGCGAUGGCACCAUCGGCAUUGACGACAUGGCUGGCGGCACCUUCACCAUCUCCAACGGGGGCGUGUACGGCAGCCUUCUGUCCACACCUAUCAUCAACCCACCGCAGAGCGCUAUCCUGGGUAUGCACGCCAUCAUCGACCGACCCGUGGCGGUGAAGGGCAAGGUGGAGAUUCGGCCCAUUAUGAAUGUCGCCCUCACGUACGACCACCGUCUCAUCGACGGGCGGGAGGCGGUCACCUUCCUGCGCCGGAUCAAGGAUGUGGUAGAGGACCCUCGCCGCUUGCUGCUGGACAUCUAG